UCUCUCCCCCGCGAUUUCCAUGUGAAAAACAGCGGGAUCCAGGUCAGGGUGCCGCGACUCAGACCUGUCCCAAACCGUUCCGAAGGCUGUGAAAGAGGCCUUUUUUGAGUGUGUUUUUCUCAUCAACCCUCAAAUAACAGACCACUACAGAGGCCUUGCUAGCCUUGCAACGGGGAAACAGCAAACCUGGGCCGUUGCUGAGCCGUCCCCAGGUGGGAAAUUUGUUACCCAAAAGCGACAAGCUUGCUGUGUUAUUCGCACCAGGUACUUUCGUGCCCACCUCACAGUUGAGGGAAUCCACAAUCUUACGCUGCUGCUGCGGAGGGCCGACCCCAACAGCGAUCCAAUUGCCUGUAGCUCAGCCCCCAGUCCCCGUCGUGACCCUGCCGAGCCUGCACAUCCCAGCCCACACCUAUCCAAAGGUAGCACCCACGAACACCCCAGCAGCGUUUUCCCAUCGCAGGUGUUGGCACCGACCGACAGAGAGAGAACGCGUGGGCUGGGCUUUCAACCUCAGCUGCCCCCUUUUUCUGUUGCUGGCAGCCUACCCUCGACGAGUUUCAUCGACAGCUACCAUACCCAGGUUGAGCUUCCUAACCCUCACCUCAGCCAGGUCCACCCCCGGGUCGCACCACAUUGACCACAUUGACCACUCACCACCUGCACCCCCAUCUACCUGACUGCGCCCGCCCGGUGGUUAUCCAUUUUCCCAACCGCACACCUCACCUCUUCUCCUUCUCUUCUCUCUUUUCUCUUUUCCCCCUUCCUCCCGCCAGUCCCUCCUUCCCACCAUCUCGAAUCGCAGCCCUGUGCCUCUGGACCUUUGGACGUGCUCGGUUGAGGUGCAAUCGACUCGCGUCUCUUUGUGCACUCGGGCCCACGCCGUCAACUCGUCGUCGACUUCCUCCUCCCAUCACCUCAACGCCCUCAAAUCGCCAUUCGUCGGUUAGCAAACUGGGCGUGUUUCCGUCCACGACGAGUCAGCAACUUAUAAACACACCACCGCUACCUCCACCUCCACAUAAUAACUCACACCGAGCAGCAACAAUGUCGAUAUUUGGGUGGUGUAGCCAGCGCGCUGGCGGUCUGGCCAUGAUGACCACCGUUGCGCUCUCCUACUGGGUGAUUUCGAGCGAGCUCGAAGCUCAACGACAUGGCUACAAGUAUCAGUCAAACGACAGUCUUAGCGCACCCAACUACGACCCGCAAAACGGUGCCAUUUGGGUCAACAUCUUCUCCUACUACUGCCUGCUCAUCCACUUCCUUGUCUUCUGCUUCCCCUUGCGCUCCUGCUACGCCGUCUUCACCAUUGGCAGGCAGCUGCGCAAGUCGGCUCGCGCCAGGACCCUCAAAGACAUCAAGUUUGGACACCGCCGCCGCAGCUCUUCGACCUCCCUUUCCAGCUCCGAGACCUUGACCUCGUCGCGCGACCUGGGCUCCUCCUCGAGCAGCGAAGUUGAGGAUGUCGAUACGGAUUGCUACAUUGAUGCCGACAUUGCCCCCGACCGCGUCAUCCAUGCCAUUGUCAUUCCCAACUACAAGGAGGAAAAUGACACGCUCAGGGAGACUCUCGAGGUCUUGGCCUCUCACCCUCAGGCCCGCAACACCUACGAUGUCUAUCUUGCUAUGGAGCAGCGGGAACACAAUGCCGAGACCAAGGCUUCCCGGUUCGUCAAUGAGUUCUCCAAGAAGUUUCGCUCCAUCAACUACACGCUUCACCCGUCUGAUAUCCCCGGCGAGCUUGCUGGCAAGGGCAGCAACAUGGCUUGGGCCGCCCGGAAGCUCAGCGAAAGAUACUCUCUGGGCCAGCGAAAGGAUGUGAUUGUGACCGGAAUUGAUGCUGAUAGCCAUCUCUCGACCAAUUACUUUGGCCUGGUCACCACCAUGCACAUGACUUACACCGAGACUGCCACUACCACCCUCUACUCAGCUCCCAUCAUCUUUGACCGCAAUGCUCACAACGUCCCGGCUAUUGUCCGUGUCGCCGAUGUACUGUGGUCUGCUGCCGGCAUGUCCGGAUUGUACAAGGGUUCGACCGUUGCUCCUCCUACUUCGGUCUACUCGGUGCCGCUCGAAUUGGUUGACCGUGUCGGCGGUUGGGAUUGCGAUGCCGAAGCGAUUGGCGAGGAUUUGCACAUGUACCUCAAGUGCUUCUUUGCGCUCAAUGGUAACUUGACCGUUCGGACCGUCAUGAGCCCAGUCAGCCAGACCAAUGUUACUGGCGGUGGUCAUGGCAAGGGAAUCCCCGGUUUGAUCGCCGACGUGCAGGCUCGGUACAAGCAAGCUCUCAGGCACAUGUGGGGUGCUUUGGAUACUGGGUAUGCUCUCAGGAAGGUUGUAGAGGUCUGGAGAGAGAGGAAGCACACCUCCAGAGCGUUCCGCCCUCUUCACACCGCUCUGAACGACGCCUCGGAUGGCUAUGUUCCCGAAUCGCAAGUCUCGACAGCUGACCCCGAAGCUGCUCCCGAAAGCGGCAUCUUCUCGGACGUCACCACCGACACUCUGAAGGGCGUCAACUACGAGCGCAUGAUUGUUCUGUUUCACCGUCUUUUCGAGGCGCAUUUCCUGCCUGUCCAGAUGACAAUCCUGGUUGUUGCAUCGACUCUCUACGCCUGGGUUACUGACGGGGCUCCUGAUGUUCACGGCGUCAACUGGAUGUUCAGCAUCUGCAACAUUCUGCGCACGGUUGGUUUCAUGGAAGUCGCCCUGUACCUCUUUCUCUACGAGAGCUUCCACAAGGUUUGCCUCGAGAUUCGCGAGAAGGAGAUGAGCGAUGCCGGUCUGACCAAGGGCAUGCACUUCUCCCGCAGAGAGGCCAAGACCAACUUUAUUGACUACAUCAUGGUACCCCUUGUCGCGCCAAUCUUUGGCUCGAUCCCUUGCGCCCAAGCGCAAAUAUACCACUUCUGGACAGUAGACUUGGUCUACACAGUCAGCAAGAAGGCCACUAGGAGGAGAGCCAAGUCGGUCAACUUGGAUUCUUUGGUAUAACACCAGUUACUGCUGCCUCGCAAGCAAAUUAUCGCAUUUUAAUAGCGCCGAUGCUUUACUUCUAUCCAUGGGCUCGACCCUCUCGGGCUUCGAUAUCCGUGUGCCGUCGAAACUUGGCAUAGAGCUGUCCAGCACACCUCGGAACGCCGACCCCUUCUUCGAUUCUUGGGCAUUUUUACAUUUUGUCAACAGACUUUGGCGAGGGGCGUACUUCAUCGCCCUUUUUGGCCUUUGUUCUUUUAUAAACAGCACGGGAUUGUGUGAGGCGCACGUGUGUAAAUCAAGAGGACAUGAUGUUGAUAUGCAUGGCAUGGCAUCGGCAUUUGGCAUCUAGAUAUGGGGCUCGACGUUUUUCUUUCUUCUUUUUUGCUUUGCCAUCAUUGCUUUUGCUCAUUUUUCGGCGGGUUUCAUCGGAGUUCAAGGAGCAACAGAGCAAGAAUAAUAUUAUACCAGGACGGAACGGGGGACAAUCGGUUUAUGGAUGAUAUCCUCCGCCUUGCUGGCGCCAUUCGCUUACACACCACACUUACCACCACCACCACCACCACCAGCCACCAGAAAGAGUUGGGAACACGACACGGCGAUAAUUCAGGUGAACCCCCCCAGUGGCGGCAAGCACAGUUUGGGGAGUCUCACACGACAUGGAGACAAGACAAGUGCCGAAAGAAGUCUUUGGAAACGAAAUGAGAACAAUCCGGGCAACCAAAAAAGCACCUCGAGAACGAACCGCUUUGCAAAUCCAUGGGGAGAAAGAAGGAAGUUGGGGGGGGGAACAGAUCAACAACACCUCCCUCAAGCGGGAUCAAUCAUCAAUUUGGUUUUUUCUCUUCUUUGACGACCACCCAAGGAGAACAGAACGGAUUCGAGGCAACUCUUUCUUCACGAUAUGAGGGGACACAGCCGAAGGAAGAGAAAGGGAAAUAAUUUAAUCCAUUUUUAGCCCUUAAUAUUUAAUUUUUUUGUGUAAAUAAAGAAUGAUGGGAAUAACUAUGGGAAGGAACAAGAUGGGGAGGAAGAGGAGGAGGAGGCGGAGGCGGAGGAGUAAGAUGGGGGGGAAGAAGACAUGAGCAAGCGAGCGAAGAGGGAAAGACAAAUCGGCGUCAAUCAAUUGGGAGGGAUGGGCCUGGGUUUGCGGUUUGGUGGGUGGUGGUGAUGAUGAUGAUGACGUUUAUUUGGUGGAGUGGGUAGUUGGGUGGAGAUUUGGGGGAGGAGUUCCAAAGUUUUGGUCUCUGAAAGAUGGAGACGGCGGGCGGGUGGAGGGAGGUGUGGUGUAGGGGGGAGAGAGAGAGAGAGAAAGAAAUUCAGAUCAUGACGCUCGCUUGGCAUGCAUAAAGCUAUUUUUUUUUGUUUGGUUUUGUUCUGGUGACUGUGACUUGUAUGUAUGUCUGGAUCUUGUGUGGUUUUUGGAUGUCUGCCUGAUCUUUGAAGGUUCAAGAAGCGCCAAGGGGGAGGUGACGUUGGUGUUGUAGCAUUGAUUGUGGCUGUGCUGUUCUAUCUAGCUAGCGAACGUCGGAUUGUAGUUUUCAAAUGCUAAACGUACUAUAGUCUACUCGUACAUGCGGAAUUUUUACACUAGUUUCAUGCGGUUGGGUAUGGGAUUUAGGAAUGGUAUGGGGUUGGGGCGUCGUCAUCAUCGUUCGGAGGCGGGCCGUUCCCAGACAAGUUUGUUGCAUUUCACGCUCAUCCACCUACCCAAGAAACUCUUCGGAAUAUCGGCAUACUCACUCCGGUGUCCGCGGCGCGCGGCUGACUGUUCUCUAUGUAUCUUGCAUGUCUUGUCGAAUCCGAGUUUGACACAGGUAGGAACGUGGGGCGGUCAGUCUUCUCCGUACCCUACCUAUCUACCUACCUACCGACCCAAGGGUCUCUGUAAACGAACUGGUAUGGACACCCCCAAUGCCGUGCGGCUUUUACAUUAUUGGGUUCGGAAUUUGACGUAAACAUGGAAUUUUUGAGUUUUAUUUCUCCGUUGAAACGGGACCCUGUCACGCUGUGUGCUUGGGUGAGGUGAGCACCCUGCCCACAAAUAACCGAGACACAAAAGACUUUGAACGAUCUUUCAA